AUGGAAGGCCGGGGUCUCACACUCCGCAGCAAAUCUCGCCGGCCCCGUCCACAGAUCAGUGCCCCGAAACCCAUCUCGGGUCCACUACCCCAGAAUCAUAAGGCUCCUACCACGUCCACUGCUUCCUCCGGCUCCGGUUCGCGCGACUAUGCACCGUCAAAUCAUGCGACGUCGGAUCUAGUCAAGCGGAGAUAUUCCACUCGCUUCAACCAGACCCCUGAUUUCGAUGGGGCUCCACCAGUUCCGAGUGUACCGCAAGUCCCCUCCGCUUAUACAGGGCUUAAACCCCCGCAGUCAAGCCGGAAACCAUCGGCGGAACCAUCAGGACCUCCAGAAGUUGAUCUCAAUGUCCUACGGGAUCCAAGCUUACCGGUUGAUCGAUACGUGACCAGCCUACUCGCAAAUGCCUCAGAGGAUGAUAUUAGGCAGUAUCAGCAAAGUCUCAAGAAAAUAAAGAACAGAACCUCGACCGAUCUUCAGCAGAAUGUGUAUCAAAACCGCACCCAGUUCAUCAGGAUCAGUCAGGAGGCGGACAAGCUCAAGGGAGAGAUGAAGACUCUUCGCUCUCUGAUGGCUGAGCUCACUACUGCAUUGGGGCAGACUGCCAUCGGGGAUGGGCCGAAUCCCAUGUCGCCUACUACGGAUGAGCGGAUAUCCAAGCGCAGUAACCGUAGCUCAGUCGCCAACCUCGAGAGCAUGUGGAACGUCCAGCUCCAGACAUUAUGGAAAACAGUCGAGGGGUCCCAAAAGUUCUUACCCAUGGUCCCAGGUCGUCAUAUUGUUCUGGAGACCGGCAAUUGGGCCGAACUUGACUCGGCAACUUGGAAACCCAAACGCCCAGUUCACAUCGUGCUUCUCAAUGACCAUUUGCUAGUCGCGGCCAAGAAGCGGAAACGAGUUGACCACUCCAACCCAAACCACCGUGGUCCAGCACCGACAAAACUAAUUGCAGAAGAAUGUUGGCCACUACAGGAUGUCGAUAUGAUCGACCUGGGUGCCAACUUGGGCACUGGAUCCACUCGCGAAGAGGCUGAGGAUCGUGGGAUUACGAACGCGAUCAAUGUUCGUGUAGGGUCAAAGCCAUUCACCUAUCGCCAUGACAAACGAAACAGCUCUGCUAAGAGCGAUCUUUUGGGUACAUUCCGGAAAACUGUGGAGGAUCUCCGACGCACACUUCGCACUGAAACCGAGACAGCCGGAAAGAACGUCGAAUCUCUUGGAUAUAUGAAUAAUAGGAAUUCCUUGCUGUACUCGCCAAAACCAGACCUGCACGAAAAUACAGAGAGCGCACGUGACAAACCUGAGGUCCGCAUUGAUGUUGACGGGAAACAACAAAACUUGCGCUGGGUCGAUAGCCAAGUGGAUGAACUCGACAUUGACAUUGCGCUCCAGCGGUUCGAAGAAGCUGUCUCAAACAUCGAUCGACUACGGAAACUGGCCCGGGGCUUGAAAAGUAACGCAGUCGCACAAGACGUGAUCAACGCCAAAGUCGAUGAGCGGGCUGCCAGAUUGGCGGGGGUGUUGUCUCGGUCUUUAAUUGACACUCACUCAUUUCCGGUGACGACGAAGACCAACGUCACCUGGCUUACCCGGCUGGGCUUUGAGGACCAAGCCCGGGAGUCCUACCUCAAAGCCCGAUCUGACAAUAUUUCAAAGCGAAUUCGAGCAUGUGUAUUCGAGGGUGACCUUCCUCUUUAUAUAUUCCAAAUAUCCUAUGUCUACUUCACCCUUAUUAAGAACACCAUUGGCAUCUAUCAACAAUGUUUCCCAUCUGUGAUGACCAGCGCAUGCAUCAAAUGGGCGAAACACCACUUGGACGGAUUCAACGCGCUGCUGACGCGUCAACUAAGCAGCGUACAGCGUGGUACAACCGUAUGGCAGAAAUGCAUUGAUGUUGUGCAUGAACAGGCGGGUAUUUUAGCUGAGGUUGGAGUUGACUUUGCCGACUUAAUUGCCAAAGGGUUGGAAAUGACGGAGGAGGAGAAAACCACGAGGCCAGAGAUGACUCGAUCAGAAUCAUUAAUCAUGGGCUUGGCGGAGGCUGCUGCAAGUAAGGAGCACUAA